CCACGUGGUCGUUUCGCGCGAAAAGCGACUCCCGGCCGGAAGAAGAAGAAGUUUCUUUACAAGAGGCAGAAACAGACAGACGUGCAGCAAUGGCGGAUUCCUCCGAGUCGUUCCACAUGGCCACCAGCCCCAGCCGAGGCCCCAGGAGAGGAGACCUGACCUCCAGCCCCGGCAGAGACCUGCCGCCCUUCGAGGAUGAGUCGGAGGGGCUGCUGGGAGAGGGACCCCUGCCCGGAGAGGAGGAGGAGGACGGAGACGGAGAGGAACUGAUCGGGGACGGGAUGGAGAGGGAUUACCGUGCCAUCCCGGCGCUGGAUCAGUACGAGGCUGAGGGUUUGGACCUGGAUGACGAGGAUCUGUCGGAGCUGUCGCCUGGAGCCCGAGCCGCCGCCGAGGAGGCCAUGAGGAGGAGGGACAGGGAGCAGGGCGUCAGCGGGCGGCUGAGGAGAGGACUGCUCUACGAUAGCGAAGACGAGGACGACGGGCGCCCCGCGGCCCGGCGAAGGCGGUUCCUCGAGCGGGCGGCAGAGGGCGUGGUAGACGGAGAGGAAGAGGAAAUGAUAGAGAGCAUCGAGAACUUGGAGGACAUGAAGGGUCACACCGUGAGGGAGUGGGUGUCCAUGGCGGCUCCACGGCUGGAGAUCUACAACCGAUUCAAGAACUUCCUGCGUACGCACGUCGACGAAAACGGCCACAACGUCUUCAAGGAGAAGAUCAGCGACAUGUGCAAAGAGAAUAAGGAGAGUCUGGUCGUCAACUAUGAAGAUCUUGCAGCCAGAGAGCAUGUGUUGGCCUACUUCUUACCUGAAGCUCCAGCUGAAAUGUUGAAGGUUUUUGACGAAGCAGCUAAAGAAGUGGUGCUGGCCAUGUACCCGAAAUACGACCGCAUCGCGCACGAGAUCCACGUCCGCAUCUGCAACCUGCCGCUGGUCGAGGAGAUCCGCUCACUCAGGCAGCUCCAUCUGAACCAGCUGAUCAGGACCAGCGGCGUCGUGAGCAGCUGCACCGGCGUCCUCCCUCAGCUCGCCAUGGUCAAGUACAACUGUAACAAGUGUAACUUUGUGCUGGGACCCUUCUUCCAGUCCCAGAACCAGGAGGUGAAGCCGGGUUCCUGUCCCGAGUGUCAGUCCCAAGGACCCUUCGAGAUCAACAUGGAGGAGACCGUGUACCAGAACUACCAGAGAAUCACCAUCCAGGAAAGCCCCGGUAAGGUCGCCGCCGGUCGCCUUCCGCGCUCUAAAGACGCCAUCCUGCUGGCCGACCUGGUGGACAGCUGCAAGCCGGGAGACGAGAUCGAGCUGACGGGCAUCUACCACAACAACUACGACGGUUCUCUCAACAUGGCCAACGGCUUCCCGGUGUUCGCCACCGUGAUCCUCGCCAACCACAUCACCCGCCGAGACGAAGGCGUCGCCGUGGCCGAGCUGACCGACGAAGACGUCAAAGCCAUCGUCGCCCUUUCCAAGGACGAACGCAUCGGAGAGAGGAUUUUUGCCAGCAUGGCGCCGUCCAUCUACGCUCACGAGGACAUCAAGAGAGCUCUGGCUCUGUCGCUGUUUGGAGGAGAGCCCAAAAAUCCAGGUGGUAAACACAAGGUGCGUGGAGACAUCAACGUGCUGCUGUGUGGAGACCCGGGAACCGCCAAGUCCCAGUUUCUCAAGUAUGUCGAGAAGGUGGCGAGCCGCGCCGUGUUCACCACGGGUCAGGGGGCCUCCGCCGUCGGUCUGACCGCCUACGUGCAGAGACACCCGGUCAGCCGCGAGUGGACGCUGGAGGCCGGAGCGCUGGUGCUGGCCGACCGCGGCGUCUGUCUCAUUGACGAGUUCGAUAAGAUGAACGAUGCAGACAGGACGAGUAUCCACGAGGCCAUGGAGCAGCAGAGCAUCUCCAUCUCUAAAGCCGGCAUCGUCACCUCGCUGCAGGCCAGAUGCACCGUCAUCGCCGCCUCCAACCCCAUCGGCGGCAGGUACGACCCCUCCCUGACCUUCGCUGAGAACGUGGACCUGACGGAGCCCAUCGUGUCUCGUUUCGACGUGCUGUGUGUCGUCAGAGACACUAUCGACCCCGUACAGGACGAGAUGUUGGCGCACUUCGUGGUCGGCUCCCACAUCAAGCAUCACCCUAGCAACAAGGAAGGGGGCGUGGCCUUGGAGGAAAUGGUUCUGCCCAACACGUCAGAUGUGCCGACUAUUCCCCAGGAACUCCUGAGGAAGUACAUCAUGUACGCCAAGGAGCGGGUUCACCCCAAACUGAACCAGAUGGAUCAGGACAAAGUGGCUCGAAUCUACAGCGACCUCCGUAAAGAGUCCAUGGCCACGGGCAGCAUCCCCAUCACGGUGCGUCACAUCGAGUCGAUGAUCCGCAUGGCGGAGGCUCACGCCAAGAUGCACCUGAGGGACUACGUGGUGGAGGACGACGUCAACAUGGCCAUCAGGGUCAUGCUGGAGAGCUUCAUCGACACGCAGAAGUUCAGCGUCAUGAGGAGCAUGAGGAAGACGUUCGCUCGCUACCUGGCCUUCCGCAGGGACAACAACGAGCUGCUGCUCUUCAUCCUCAAACAGCUGGUGGCUGAGCAGGUGUCCUACCAGAGGAACAGAUACGGAGUUCAGAACGACACCAUCGAGAUACCAGAGAAAGACCUGCAUGAUAAGGCGAGACAGAUCAACAUCCACAACCUGACGUCCUUCUACGACAGCGACCUUUUCCGCUCCAACAAGUUCAGUCACGACGGCAAGAAGAAGCUGAUCCUGCAGCAGUUCUAAGAGCCUCUUCGACCUCCCUUCAUCAUCCUCUUCCUCCUCUUCCUCCUCCUCCUCCUCCUGCUGCCCCCUAAACAUGAACUAAAUUUCAGGACCAGGAAUGGGUCGUUGGGUUUUCAUCAUGUUGGACUGAGAUGUUCUCUUGUUUGGGUCUAAGAGGGAAGAUGCCCGGAAAAACGUUGAAGUUGUGGCUCAUCGUUCAGCGUCUCCAGAGGGAUGUUUGAGCAUCUGUGGUGACGGGAAGUAAAUGUUUCACAGUGGAUGAAAUGUACAUUCAGAAGGUCAAAUUAUGUUUUCGCUACGUCACCACAGAUGAAGAGUUUGUUUCCAAAAUAAGAGCAAAGAUAUAGAAUUUUAAAAAAAAGGAAUUAGACUAAUUUACAAAUGCUAAAUGUUUUGGAAACGUCUCCUCCUGUUUUCUCUUCCUGGGAUCGUCUGUAUCCGCCCUCAGGUUGGGCUGAUUGUAAAUAAAUGUACAUGUUUGUGUCUGUAUUGUUGAAGAUUUCCUCUGUUAGUAGCUGUUAAGAUAUAUUUCAGACUGUUCAGUUUCAGGUUUGUUUGUUCAGAUGGAGAGAAACUAGCUGGAACUGUAUUGUCCAUACUGAUGACAAAAGAGCAGAAAAAAACACAUGUAAAGUACUUAAAGAGGUAAAAAUAAAUCAAGUUUUGCUGUUUCUACUGUUGGAUUUGACUUGAUGUUGGAUUGUAGGUCUGUUUUUGAUAUUAAACUUGUAUUUGUUAAA